UCCCGGCCCCAGUAAAUAUUUUCAAGUCAGUCGCAGGUUGAUGGUACAACCAUUCAAACAAUAUGGAAAUUUGUAGUCUCUAAAGUUUAUGUUUCUGAAUUAAACACGUAAAUUAUUCCUUGUGACCAACGCAAUGAUCAAGUAACGUGUGUGUUAACUAUAUUUAAAUCGUAUUGUGAACACUUACAACUUCAAGAGUCAAAAUGGAAAAUUUUCCGCAAGUUGCGGCGUUACAAAACAUGUUCAAUCUAAUCCUUUAUGGGACGAUAGGAUUUCUGGGACCUUCGAUUAUGAUGUUUCAUAAUUUGGACGCCUUGCAAGAUCAGUUCACGGCUACCGUUGAUUCAGUAGACACGUAUGAUUUCAUUGUUGUGGGGGCAGGUUCAGCCGGCGCUGUGGUGGCGCAUCGCUUGUCAGAAGAUUUCAAUGUUCUUCUCUUGGAAGCUGGAGGCGUACCGUUCCCACUAACCGAAAUACCAGCAAUGGCAUUCCUACUCCUAAAUCGCGAAGGUAUGGAUUGGAAUUAUAAAACUGUGCCACAGAAGAAAGCAUGCUUCGCAAUGCCUCAGCAACAAUGUGUUUGGCCUCGUGGAAAAGCUUUGGGAGGAAGCAGCAAUCUGAAUUUCAUGGCCUAUGCGAGAGGAUCAGUAUACGACUACGAUAACUGGGCGAAUUACACGGGAGAACCAAAGUGGAGAUACAACAGUGUCAUCAAAUAUUUUAAAAAGUCGGAAAACUAUUUAUUUCCUGGAAAGUGGGACGACUUUACUUCAAAGUAUCAUGGAAAAGAUGGCCCACUGGACAUCUCCAUACCAUCAUAUACUGGCAUGGCAGAACCCUUCGUAAAAGCUGGAAAAGAGCUAGGUUAUCCCACGAUUGACUACAAUGCGCCAUUCCACACAGGCUUCGGCACAUUUGCAUACACACAAAAACGUGGUAGGAGAAUGGGGACGUAUCAAGCUUUCCUAAAUCCUAUUAGAGACAGACGAAGUUUGACUGUCCGGAAAUUUUCUACCGUUAAUAAGCUCAUGAUUAAAGACGACACGGAUGAAGUCUAUGGAGUCGAAUAUAGUCGUCACGGACAAAAGAGAUACGCUAGAGCUACCAAAGAGGUAAUCUUAUCCGCUGGUAGUUUAAAUACACCCAAGAUACUCAUGCUCUCAGGCAUUGGUCCGAAGGAUCACCUAAAAUCUUUAGGGAUCAAAGUACGGAAAGAUUUGCCAGUUGGGAAAAACUUACAAGAUCACGUGUCCACAUUUCUUGGUCCGUUUUUGAUUGACAAGCCAAUUUCAUUCAAUAUGGACCGUGACGUCAACACCAACACAAUUGCUGAUUUUGUCCUUGAAGGAAAGGGGCCUCUGACUACAACAGGGGUUCAAGCAACGGCAUUUAUUCCAUCAUCAAGAGUAAAACGUUUAGGCGAAGAAAAGUGGCCGGAUAUCCAGUGGGUAAUGCUGGGUACCUCCGUGUACAACAAUUACGGGAAAGACAGCGAACACUCCUUUAAUGUCAAACCGGGACUGUUGCAAAAAUUUUACGAGUUCGGCAAAGGAACAGAUUCUUUCCAGAUUAUCAACAUUUUGAAUCGGCCUCUCACGAGGGGAGAAGUUCGCUUAAAUAGUUCUAAUCCAGCAGAUCCUCCACUGCUUGAUCCGAAAUAUUUGGACAACUACGAGGAUGUCAAGGUCAUGGUCGAGAGUCAAAAAUUGAGCGUCCAGCUAGUGGAGAACACCACCACAUUCCAGUCAAUGGGGGCACGACUUAUGCCACAUUCCUUGCCAGGAUGUGAAAGUUUCAAAUUCAAAAGCGAUGCCUACUACGAGUGCUUUGUGCGCUCCAUGUCACUUACCAUGUAUCAUCCAGUGGGAACCUGUCACAUGGGGAGAAACGAUUCGAGUGUUGCAGUCGUCGACCCCCGCUUGAAAGUUAUUGGGGUUAAAGGCGUCAGAGUGAUUGAUGCAAGUAUCAUGCCUUUCAUCGUGGCUUCAAACACGAAUGCAGCAUCAAUCAUGAUUGGUGAGAUAGGAUCAGAUUUCAUCAAAUGGGACUAUUUAACCUGAACCUUCUUAUAUAUUUACCAUCGAAUUUUAUACAAAUAUGAAAGUAUUAUUGUGUUAUGAAAUGAUAUAUGUAAAGAGUUUUACAUGAGUGCCAUUGGUUUAAAAUUGUGAUAUCAAGAUAUUUUAUGCCUUAUUUUUUAUAAUAUUUUUGUAUAAUUUUGUCAAGCAAACCAUUAUAUGAUUAUGCAACUUGUACCCCACAUCUUUAAUUAAAUGCAAUGAUUAAAUUAAAUGAUUUAUCGAUCAUGGAAUGAAGGCCAGUUGAUAAGCCCAUGACUGGUAAUAAAUUCUUAGAACAAUGAGGGAACUCA